UCACCACAAAACGGUGAGUUUUGUAUCCGUUGCUUCUCUGAUGCUGGAACGACGCCGUCUCGGUCUUCUUCUUCAUUUGGGCGCCUCUGUUUCAAGUUCAAAGCUGAUCCUGUUCUUCGUUCAUCUCCAGGCAAUGCAACUAGUGGAGGAGUUGAUUCCUGCUCAUCUUCACUCCUUUUCAAUGCAAACCCAAAAUCGACUAGAUCUUACCUUCGUCGGCACUGUCGUCGCCGGCGUCAGAGACCCUGAUCUUGCCAUCGUCGUCGUUGUUCUUUUUCUGAUUGUUGUCGUUACCACAAAGAAGAGAGAGAGAGGGAGGGAGCACAUCAGAAGGGGUCAAAGAAUGGAGAAAGGAAAAAUAAGGGGAGAGGUUAUGAGAUAGGAGGAGAAUCACGACCACCAUCGGAUUGUUGUGCUCUGACCGCCUUUGCCGGCAUUGAGCCUUAUCUUUUCAUCGACUGUUUUCUGCCGGAGAGAAGAGAGGACAUGAAGAGAGCGAGAGUGAAGAGAGGGGGUGAGCGGCGCUUAGGUUAGAAAAAUGAUAUAAGGUUUUGGUUUUUGGCUUAGAGAGAGUUAAAUACACUCGGGGCCAAAAGGACUAAACUACCCCUUUGAGUUUUACAAAAAUUAUGCCAAUUGCCACCGCCUCUUCCAUUAUAAACAUAAAAAAUAAAACCCUUCAACAAUUCAAACCAACGACCUAACAAUCGUGUUAAUUUUACAAUCAACGAUUUAAAUCAUUAGGCUGGGCGCCUACCACUUAUUCAGGUAUUGACUUCAAUCGAUGAAAACUUUAAUUAAUUUGAAUAUUUAACAUAAAAAAUCCUUAAUACGAAACUUUGAUGUCAAUAGACUAUGAUAGCAUUCUCGUAUUAAGUCUCAAAUUGGUUUCCAAAGGAUCUAAAAUCCGUUUCACCAUUUUUAUUAUCAAACUUUAAGACGUAUCAAUAGGACGUGUUGGGUUCCUUUUUACUAAAAUCUUUUCUCAUUAAGAACGAACUACGUGGACUUUGAUCCUGACUACUCGGGUACAUAGGCAACCAAUUCGAUCGAGUUCAACUAAUCAAAUUUUCUCCUCUUAAAUCAUAAAUACCAAAUUGCAUCUCUUAAUUAUAAAAUCAAUUAUUAUAUGAAUCACGUAUGAAUAGAUACAUGUUAAGAUCCCCUUUCUGAAACCUAUCAACUUAAUCAAACUAUGUUGACUUUGAUCCCGACUACUCGAGUACGUAAACAACCAAUAGGUUCGAGUCCAAAUAAUCCAAAACUAUUUCUUUACUUUUGUGAUUUACGUCAAUAGACUAUGAUCAAAUUAUGUAUUAAUAAAUACCUAAUUAAUCUAAUCUUAUAAUUAAGCCAAAUAAUAAUACACCCAACCCUUUAAAACUUAUCGAUAUAAGUAGUACCCAUUUGGGGCGUUGUAGGGUGUAAAUAAACUUCUCCACACGUAACCGUACUCCCGUACCCAUAAUCUCUAAAUUCACAGAUCAAAUUUUGGUUUCGACCCUAAGGUUGAAACCGGACCAAUUAGUGUUCGACCCACUACAACUAAGGUCGAUGGAAACUCCGAGCAAUUCGCGACGGAUCCCCCGAUCCCGAGGGGCGGUUGCGAUAGGAGGCAAUGCCAAUGACCCCCUUAAAAUGCCCAAGUACAUACCUUAAUAGACGAAAAUGACAAGUAGAGACUACUUAACUGUGAAACCCUUAUUUCGCCAUCCUAGCCCUAAAUCCAGUUCACUCAAGAUAUAAUUGAAGCAAUCGACGACGACGACUCUCCAAAGAAUUGUCGAACCAAAGCAUUUCCCCAUCGUCGAGCUCUUUCUUCCAUAAUCUCCCUAGGAAUCCGUAUCAUCCCAUUCACAAUCUCCGGCUCCAUGAAAUCAAGCUUAUUAUCAUAGUGUAUCUCGAAUAGUGACGCCCAAAAUCGCAGCGCACCGAAGAAGAAGUAGAACUUGUCGAGUUCAUUUGAGUUAAAUCGAACAAACAGAUUGAGAGAAAGAAAAGGAAAAGAAAUCGGCGACGAGGAGCGCCUACCUGUAGCGAAGCCUCGUCGGCGAUCAUCGUCCGACUAAGAGAAGUGAACCACUAGUUUGCUAGAGAACUAAUAAAGAGGAUAUUUCUCCUAGCAAAAUAAAAUUACUUUAAUGACGAAAAAGAUUGGGUGACCAACAUUAAAUUAAAGAAAGGCGACAGACAACAACAUCUAGAAGCAAAAAUGGAAUGUCGACAAAGUAGAUAAAAAAAGUGUGACAACGGUCUUGAUCGAUCAAUAAUCAAAUCUUCCUACUUUGCACUCAACACGGAACAAGGGGUCAGUUUAAUCUUUGUUGAUACUCGAUUCAAUUUUAUUAAACUAUUCAUUUGUAG